AUGAAAAUUAGAAUCGUUGUACACCAAUUUGUUCUUAAGCAAGUUAUUCUCCAGUUAAAAAACUCAUCCAAAACAGCUUUACAUGAUAUUCAUUCUUCAGUCCUUAUUGAUAGCAAACUCUAUUUUAGUGGUGGAUAUAUUAAUAAUGGAAAUAAUGUUACGAAUGAAUUCUUUUAUUUAGAUGUUUCUAAACCAUUUAAAACAACAGAAGAUAUCUUAAUACCAUGGGUUGACCUUACUUAUACCGGCGGUCCUCAAAAAGCAUAUGUUACAGCAUGUAUUGGUGGAAAAAAUAACGAUAUGAUUUUUAUUUUUGGUAAUAAACCUAAUAAUAAUCAAUCAUUCGUUAAUCAAUUUGAUACAAAUAAACAGCAGUGGAUUAAUAUCACAUCUUCUGGAAGUGUACCCACAGAUAGAGAUGAAAUUUCAUGUGCUAAAUUUAAUAAUGGAUUGAUUGCUAUUUUUAGUGGUUAUAAUUAUACACCUAUCGCUAUCACUAAUGAACUUUGGAUAUUCAAUACACUAACAUCGACAUGGAAUUUAAGCAAUGCAAUAAAUGCUCCUUCAUCUCGACGGGGUUAUUGUGCAAUAACUUUGCCUGAUGAUAAUAUUUUAUAUAUUGGUGGAGUCAAUCUUACUGCUUCUAUGCCAAUGGACAAUUUACCGUUAUAUAAUACAAAAACUAAUACGUGGACAAUUAUGAAUACAUAUGGCCCAAUACCUCCCUCUCGCCGUCAUUUCUCAGCAGUAUUAACUCCUGACGGGCGUAUCAUAAUAUUUGGUGGUUCUCAAUCCUUUACGUAUGGUGAUCUGUGGAUCUUAGAUAUUAUAACGUAUCAAUGGUCGGUUGGAAACAUUUUAAACCCAAUUGCAAAUUUAAGUCUUACUAGACAUACUGCAACAUUAGUGGAUAAUUAUAUGUUAGUUGCUUUUGAAAAAGUCAGGUUGCGUACCGUUCCUGAUAGAGUUUUAAAAAAUUACGUUACUAUCGAAGUAGUAAAGUUACAGCCAUUUACAUUACAACCAAGCACUGUUAUGUAA